GAAGUCCCAUCCCGCGGAAUGUUAGCUCUUUGUAUCCUUUGUCGGUUUUCUAUGGUGGGUGGGGCCGUUUUGGCGGGCAGUCGUGACGCCACUAGCCCUUGCGGGAUUCUAAGGCACCGCCGCUAAGAUUAGGCUUUCUGGCUGACUUUAGAGAGAGGAAGGGGUGGGCUCAGAAUCCGGGUAAGGCGCGAGCGCGGACCCACAGCAGCGGUGAAACGGAAGUCCCGCUCCAACGGAGCCCGUGUCCGGGGCGGGGGAGCUGCAGCCUUCUUCGAGCGAUGGCCCGAGGGCUGUGCGCCGCGGGGGCCUCCGGCUUGGCUGCCGGGAGCUAAGGGAGCGUCCUCACCUGGUAAGAGGAAGGAGGGGAACUUGGCGCAUGGCUCCGGCUGCGGCGGAGAACUGGAACCCACCUUCCGCCCUGCUGCAAUAGUUGUUAAUGCCUGGGAGCAGCGAAGAUUCAUUUGUUUUCUUUCCGGAUGUUCAUCUUAAGCAUGGAUAAUACACCGCCUUCCAGGGUCGUACUGUUUACCUGACCUUACUUCUAGACAUCUGAUGCUUUCAAUCUCUGAAUUCUGCCAGGCUGCUGGGCAUAAUAUUUAAAACGCGAAACUGUUACUUUGCUUUUUUCCUACUCGGACCGGAAACAAGAUUCUCUUUCAGGUGUUGAUGUUGAAUAUGCCUUAUUAGCAUAUUAAAAUGGCUGUACCCAAAGACGCCAUCCCUUCCUUGUUAGAAUGUCAGUGCCAGAUCUGUGUGGAAAUCCUCUUUGAGCCUGUGACUCUGCCUUGUAACCACACGCUCUGUAAACCAUGCUUCGAAUCGACUGUCGAAAAGGCAAAUUUGUGCUGUCCCUUCUGUCGCCGCCGUGUCUCUUCGUGGGCUCGGUACCGUACCCGAACAAAUUCUCUCGUUAAUAUGGAACUGUGGGAGAUAAUUCAAAAACACUAUCCAAAGGAAUGCAAGCUAAGAGCCGCUGGGCAAGAAUCAGAGGAAAUUGUUGAUGACUAUCAGCCAGUCCGCUUAUUAAGUAAACCUGGGGAAUUAAGGAGAGAAUAUGAAGAGGAGAUAAGCAAGGUAGAGGCAGAGCGGCGAGCCUGUGAGGAAGAAGAAAACAAAGCCAGUGAAGAAUACAUUCAGAGAUUACUGGCAGAGGAGGAAGCGGAAGAAAAGAGACAGGCAGAAAAAAGGCACAGAGAAAUGGAAGAACAACUGAAAAGUGAUGAAGAACUGGCAAGAAGACUAAGCCUUGAUAUUAACAAUUUCUGUGAGGGAAGUGUUUUGGCUUCGCCUUUGAAUUCCAGAAAAUCUGAUCCGGUCACAACCAAAUCACAAAAGAAAAGUAAGAACAAACAAACAAACACUGGAGAUAUUCAGAAGUAUUUGUCACCUAAAUCUCAACUUGGGUCAGCAUCACAGUCUGAAGUUGUGCAGGAAGACGGAAAAAACUCCAUGUCUAAGGAAACUGACGACAACAGUGAUGUGAAGAGCCCUACAUGGCAAGACACAGACAUUGAGGAAGAUAUGCCGACGCUUUCUCCUCAAAUACGCCUUCCUAUUCAGGAACAAGGUGCAGAAUCUUCAGUGGAGUCAUCUAUGCCUCAGUUAUGUACCAGUGGUGGAGAAUGGUGCCUUGAAGGAAAAGUUGAAACAGGACCAAGCAGUCGUGAAAAAGGGUUAUGUGUCAUAAAUCAUGAGGAACCUAAAGCCAGAUUUCCCUACUCUGGAGAUGCUGCCACUAAGCCUUAUGGUGAAACAGAAAGUGGGUGCACUGUAUCAGGUAUGACACAGUUCAUUAGAAACAACACGGUUGAGACAGAAAAUGAAGAGUCUCACCUACCGCUCAAUAAAGAUACCUCCAAAAGAAGAAACCUAGAACCUCUGUCUGAAGCAAUUAGAGAGCCAUGCUUUUCUGCAAAAAGAAGAAAAAUGUUCCCCAAAGCCUCCUCAGACCAAGAGGAAACAGAAAUCAGCUUUACCCAAAAACUGAUAGAUUUGGAACAUCUACUUUUUGAGAGACAUAUGCAAGAAAAGCAGGACAGGUUAUUAGCAUUACAGCUUCAGAAAGAGGUGGAUCAAGAGCAAAUGAGGCCAGACAGGCAAAAAGGAUCCCCAGAUGGGUAUCAGUUACGGACUGUGUCCUCACCUCCAGACAAAUUACUCAAUGGACAGAGAAAGAAUUCGAGAGACAGAAACUCCAAAAGACAAACCGAGCUAAAGCAGCCAAAACCUCGGACAGACUCAAUAAAUGAAAAUCAGCAACCUUCUUUUAAGAUCCAGUUGAAAUGUUCGGUUAAUGGAAGAAAGAUAGCAAAUUCUACUAGAGAGAAUUCUAAUGUACCUAAAACUGCUCAUUCCCUACAGCCUAGUAAGUCACAGAAAAGUAUUUUUCAGAUGUUUCAGAGAUUCACAAAGUAAUGCUUGAGUAAGAAGAGUAUUUUAUAAUCCAAUAAGGCUGGGUUGUGAAGCUUUCUAUCAUAGGUUCUUUAUAAAUUUUUCAUUAGCUCUGCUCUGUGGACACAGUCAUUGUCUCUAACUAAAGGACCAUGUGAUUACAAAGGAGGAAUAUACAAAUGUGUUUCUGCUGGACUCAAUUGUAAGCAAGAGUCCCACUCCUUUCCUUUUUUUUUCUUUUUUCCUUCCCUUUUUCAAUAACUGUGAUGUACUAAGUAUAGGCUGACAGUCUUUACAUAUAUAAAAUUGCAUUUGCCAACUCCCAGGAAAUCUUCAGUUCUGUGCAUUUCCCCAAAAUGCAUAUUUAUGGUCUUUGAGCUCCUUUUUGUCCUGACUAGUAAUCAAAGCAACAUUAGUACCAAGUAGCUGAGGGAUCCAGGCAGAGUUUAAAAGCUCUUUUCUUGCAGCUUUCCCAUAUAUUUGCAGAGCGCUUGACAUACGUCUUUCAUAACACUAAUUUCCAUCUCUGCUUUAAUUACUUUAAGUAUUACAAUAUUUUCUUUGACUUAAAAUGGGUUGGGGUCAGUGUGAAAUCAGAAAAAUCUGGGUUUUCUGGAAAACUAGGACUUAGUUGACAGAGGAAACCAGACUCUUGAUGCAAAGGAGCUUGUCUUGGGAUGAGGCUGAGAGGGGUAGAUGGACAGUGAGGGAUGAUCAGACGGCUGAAUCUAGAAUGGAGUAGCAGGUGUAGUCUGGCAGAGUGUUCUUCCUCAUCCUUUCUUUGCUGAAUGUCACAAGAAACAUUCAGACUUUAUAGUUUUACACACCAUACUAUCUAAUCGACUAUUCCAGAGGAAAAAAUGGAAAGUUAUGUCACAGUAUCCUAUAUCGUAGAACCUGACUAACCAUGUGUUUAUUUCCUUAGGUUAUCAUACUGACUUAUUUUGUGUUUAUGGACAAAAAUAGAAAGUAUGAUACUUGGGUUUUGCCCUGUCUUACCCCUGAAAGUUAAAUAGGAAGGCAGCAAUUUCAUUUUAUGAAAUUUAACUUAGAGAUCUUUUGUUUCAGUAGUAUGAACAACUUUGAGCAAGUAACAGGUUUAACAGCAUUUCUGAUGGAUGUCUAGUUAACCAUCCUAUUAAGGUAAUAACAUAAUAAAAUGUCCUAGAGUUAAUAAUUGUAGCUUAAAUUUAUCACUGCUUUUGGACAUUGAUUUUUUUUUUUCCUCCAAAUUUUGUAACCAGAAUUCUGUAAUCUGCAUAAUGAUGGCAUCUCCUUCAAUAUUGAUUAAUUAUGGGUAGAAUCCUGUUGCUAACUUAAAAUUUAGUUUGCCCUUUCUCAAAAAUGAUUGUCUCCUGAGUAAUGAUUGUGCUGAAAUGAAGUGAGUGUACUUAGAAACUAACCAAAUUUGUCUAAAGUAGACUAAAAUAUUUUCAUCAAACCAAUAUUUUUUUAAGACCAAUUUUGCUUUACAUUUUAGGGAUUCCUCAAAUAAAAGUUGCGCAGUUAAAUCUUCCUGGAAUAGUCCAUGACCAAAAAGGGAGAAAAAUAGUAUAAUGUAUUUAGGAUUUACGUAUAUAACCACUUAUUUGUCUGUGAAAAGUCUUCCUGACUAAAAUUGGCUUUAACACAAAUUUUAACUUCUUAGUCUUUCUGAUACUCCUACCGUGUAUGCAUCUUUGUGAGAAACUAAUAAAUAUUUUGUGUCAUUAGAAUGUAUUGAUACUUUUCCGUCCAUUUUUAUGGAAGGGAUAUGAGAGUGUUUAAUUUCUCAAGGAGUGCUAGAACUGUGCAGAGGCUGAGAAUCUGAAAAUUAAUUGUUAAAAAUUAAAAUGGACUAUAUAUUUUAUCACAGUUAAAACAUGAAAAUAAGUUCUGUGUAAAAACUACCAUAAAGGAAAAUUGGAAGACAUGGAAGACUAGGGAAAAAGUAGAUACAGUUCACCAUGAAAAGCUAAUUUCUUUUAAUAAAGUGUCUGCCAAUACAUUAAGAAAAAGACUAAUAACUCAAAAGAAAAAUUAGAAAAGUUUAUGUUCCUAAGAAACAGUUCCCAGGAAAGGAAAUAUAAAUGGCUCUUGAAUGUGUGAAAAGAUGCAUAAUAUCAUUUACACCAAUGCUCAUAUGUUUUUCCAUCCUUCAUUAGUAAAGAUAAAGGAGCUUUUUUGGUUUUGUUUUUAUGUGCGUAUGGGUUUUGGUUUUGUUUUUUCCAGUCUUGGCAAAAGUGUAGGGAAAUAGGCACUCUUAUAUGUUGCUUGAUAUGAAUAGAAAAUUUUAAAGUUUUAAAGCCCUAGAGAGGUAACCUUGGCAAUUUACCUCUAGUGAUUUCUUACUGUUUUACAUAUAUGUAGAAUGGCAUGCACAAAAGAUUUUUGUAUGGUAUUGUUUGUAAUAACAAGUUAGAAACAACCUUAAGCAUAUCAAGAGACAAUAAAUGAUGGUAAAAUGGAAUACUAUACAGCAGUUAAACAAAAAAACCCACUUUACUGAUAUGAAAAGCACUAUAAGAUAUAGAGUAAACAAAAAAUACAAGUGUAGAAUAGUAUGCAGUUUAUCCAAAGAAGAGAAAUAUAUAUCUAUGUAAGAGAGAGAAAAACAGUAUUGCCAGCAGGGAGAGAAACUGGGUGGCUGGGAGACAGAAGUGGAAGAAUGAGUUUAUGUUUUUAUACUUUUUGAAUUUUCAAUCAUGUUGAAUGUAUCAUCUACUCAAAACUUAAAUGUUCCUAAAAUAUUAUAAGAUUAAUGAUAUGUAUGCAUCUAACUAAGCCUAUACCACUCUAGACAGUCCUUUUUUGCCUUUAAAUUCUAAGAAUCAUAAUUUAGGAAGAUUUUUCAGUGUGAAAAAAAAGUAACUGAGUUUUUGCAAAUAGCAUUGUGAAUGAAUAUGUUUAGCUUUAAUGUACUAUUUUUAAAUUAUCUGCGAAGCAAAGCUUAUGCUUUUCAGGUAGCAGUGCUGUAGACCUGCAGUCCUGCUGAAGAUAAUGAGAAGAGCCAGAUAAAAGUAUAAAAUUUUCUACUUAAAAACAUCAGAAAGCUACUGAAACAAUGAGGACUAAUUUAGGGGCUAAGAUUCUAGAGGGGAGAUGUGAGAGGUGGACUGAUGUUUGCAACCCCUCUUCCACUUGUAACAUGUGCCUAUUCUGAAUGCAGAAUGAGAAUGAGGACUUCGGCUGGUGAACAGGUCUGCUCUACUGGCAGAACUCUUGGCCAGCUCAUGAAGCUGGAGUUUUUAGAGACUUGAAGGUCAUCAGACACAAGUUCCACUUUCUCAUCAAGAUAACUACAGUUUUGAAACUGUUAAGAGCCGAGGCUAAAAGGCUGAAAACCUCUGAAAAGCAGAGAGGAGUUGUCAUCAGGCUCACACUGCAGACGUGAGAGAUAAGAACAGAAUUCAAGACCUACCAGGGGAAGGAAGCUUGUUGAAGCCUCAACUGAAAGGCCCCCAGCACAGAAGUCUGCAAACUAAAUCCCAGGAGUCAAAUCUGCACUCUGUGAUACUUGUAGAACAUGUGAAUGGCUUUAAACAGACUCUUAGAGGGACUUAUCUGGUGGUCCAGAGGCUAAGACUCCAUGUUCCCAAUGCAGGGCGCCUGGGUUCGAUCCCUGGUCAGGGGACUAGACCCUGCAUGCUGCAACUAAGAGUUCAUAUACCACAACUGAAAGAUCUCACCUGCUGAAACAAAGUUCCAAGAGCCCGUGUGCUACAACCAAGACCUGGCUAGCCACAUAAAGAAAGAAAAAUAAAUAAAUACUUAAACUAAAUAGCUCUUAGAUUCCUUAGUUCACAUAUAAGGAACAGAACUGUGGGGGUAGUAAUUUGUGCAUUGAGUUUUGGACCACUAAGGGGCAUGUGGUGCAGGAGGGAAGAAAAUAAUGUCCUCCUUAACUUGGUCUCUGCCUGUGUGACCUUAGGCGAGCUACUUAAUCUCUCUUAAUUUGUAAACAGGAAUCAAUGUAACCAAGAGUUGCUAUGGAGAAUUAAGGGAAGUAAUAGAGCAACUGGCACAGGCCCUGACUCAACAAAGAACCUUAAAUGAUAGUGUCUCUCCUGGCUCUCCUCCAGUCCCACUACCCCAUCUGAUCCCACUUUUGGGAGAGUCACUUAUCCAGUGACUUCGUGUCCCGUAAGUGCCCAUGUGUAUCAUCCAGUAAAGUGCAGUGGCCUUCUGUCUACUCAUGAACACUAGGCACCUCUUCCCUACCGGAUAUAUUUUUAGCUCUGUGUCACAAGAGACCCCUGACCGUGAGUUUCCCUGUGUUACAGUUCCCAGAUCACAGGUGACUUCAGCCUCAGAGUAAACCAUUCCUCAAAUAUCUUGUGGCUUCUUCAAAUUCCUCUACAAGUUCUAUACAUUUGGUAUGCAUAAAGGUGUGUAAAACAAACUGCAACAGGGAGGUGAGCGUCUACUGUAUGUUUACCCAUAUCUUGAUUCCUGUGUAAAGAUCUUAAUAAAUAAUCAUUACUUUAAA